AUGGACCACGAUGAGAAGCUUUUCUCGCCAACCAAGUACCAUUCGAUUCGUUUUAUUUUCAAAUACUUAUUUCAGAUACCCAAAAGCGUAUUCCUAUAGGAAAAUCGUGAAAGCAGUCAUGCAGUCGAUGGUGAUCUUUUUAUGUGAAUUUAGUUCUGAUUGUUUUUUUUUUUGCAGAGCAAAGAACCGAUACUAGAGAGCGUGCCACUGCAUUUUCCUCCAAAGGAAAUUGAGCCUACCGAAUCAGUUUCUGAACCUUCUACGUGAGAGCUUUUUUCUCAAAGAUACUGAAUCGAAAAUUUCGUAAUUUGGUUUUUCAUUCCUGUGAAAAUUCUCAACAGACUUUCCUUUUAGUUUUUGAUCUUAAUGAGACUCAAAAUUCUAUGAUUUUCAUGAAUAUUUUCAAAAAUUUUCAUGAAUAUUUGAUCUCAAAACAUUUGAUUUAUGUUUGACUUUGAAAUACGUCUUCUUGUAAGAAAAACUUCGGUUGAGUAUAAAUUCGCCAUGCGGCGGCUGUCCGAUGGGCCCAAGCUUCAAGAUAGAAGCGGGCGACCGGAAAUACACGUAUCAUUUGAAGGACGGCGGCAAGCUGAUCAAACUUGAAAAAGCGGUCAGUUUGGGUACAUGUCCUUGCAAAUUCCAAAAAAAAUCUGCAGGACGGUAAACUUUCGUACGCGUUGGUCUGCGUCGACGGAAAAAGGCUUUUCAUUGAAAGGACGUCUGAAACGGCGAGCCUGACCAUGACCGACCCUCGUGGCAACGUCAUCAGCAGCCUUGCCGCCGAAUAUUGA